UGGUCGGGUGAUCGUCGGGGGUAACAUCUUAUUGUCGGGGCACAGUCACCCGUGCAGAGCAACUGGAUCUUUAAAUACAUUGUGUGUAUUUUCUUUCCACCUAUUAGGCUAUUACAUUAUUUUCACAGCGCAGUAAAAUCAUAAUUGCCGUUCGCUGAACAUGAACGACAUUCUAAGCCUGUAACUGGUUCGGGUAGUCUGUGGGAUAGGAAAAGAUUUACGGAAGGAAAAUAUGUAUUCCUCAAAUUCUCAGGACCAGCCGACAGCUUCGGAUUCCCGUUUUGACACGAACAGGAAGCGGACGGCAGUGGACAUGAUGGCACGAGAUAAACUUUUCCAGUGGACGGAAUGUCGGGUUUGGAUAAACUCCGCAAUCGUGGCCGACAUCAUGGACACCCAAAAGCCUGGCGACAAGCCCCACCCUCCAGCCCCCACAUCGGAACGUAGUGCCGUCACUACUUUUUUGAGGGACCCAAAGAAAGAGAAGACAGGGGGCCUUCUGAAGCAGAAGUAUUGUGAGUCAAUGAUCGGUCUACAGGGAAGCUCUUACUUUGUGUUUGGGAUACCAAGAGUAAAAAGGGUUGUGAAAGAUUUGAAAGAAGAUUUAGAAUUAAACACAGAAAACAAUCCCAAUCGCAAGGAAACUCCAGAAAGAACGGAUUUUCCUUCAGAGACUCGAAAGGACAGGUCCAGAGAAAGUCCAGACGACAACAAACUUGGAGAAAGUCGAUACAACAUCAAACUUGGAGAAAGUCGAAAAGACUAUAAACUUGGAGAGAGUAGAUAUGACUACAAACUUGGAGAAAGUCGAAGUGACUACAAACUUGGAGAGAGUCGAAGUGACUUCAAACUUGGAGAAAGUCGAACUGACUACAAACUUGGAGAGAGUCGAUAUAACUACAAAUUUGGAGAAAGUCGAAGUGACAACAAAUUUGAAGACAAUGGGAAUGACAGACUAGGAGACACAAGGAACAACCGAUUGAAGGAAAGUCAGAACCGGAUGGGAGAGUCUAGGAACGGCAGACUCGGGGAGACUUUGGACGUCAGCCGGAGAGACGGCAGUAGACAGGAUCGGGAGAGUGAACCUCCAGACAGUUUCCGAUCCUCAAGCAGACGACAAGACGACUUCAAACCAAUCCCUCUGGGACAAAGCGGGGCGUACGACUUCAGCAGCAGUUACCGACAAGACCUCCGUGAGAGCAGACGACCCCGCCCAGAACCAAGGGAGCCCGAGGAGCCAAACCUGUACUCCUCCAGACGACCCCGCCCAGAACCCAGGGAGCCUGAGGAGCCAAACCUAUACUCCUCCAGAGUGGUACCAGAUCGGAGAGCAGACGACAGGGGGGUGUACUCAUCACGGGUGUUACCAGACCCUCCUCCUUAUGGCGCCAGAGUUCUGCCUGACCGACCACCACCCGACACGAGGGAGCGAUACGACGAUAUACAGAGCUGGAUGCCUGACAAUCAACCCCCAAAAUCACCCAGAUCUAGAUACGACUACCCCCUCCCUCCCCCACCCUCACACCUUCAGGCUAGCGGCAGGUACACAAGCGUGAUAAGAAAAUAGGUCUCUUUUAUGCUUGGGAGCUUAGAUAUUAAAUACUAAGGUAUAAAAUAUGUUUAUCCACAUAAUACUUGAGUAAUUAUUAAAGAAUUUUAUUCCUAUUUAUUUCAAUCAUAUCAGUAAACUUGUUUAAAAGACUUCUGAAAUCCAUGACAAGGUUUAAUGAAAUUCUAUAGGAGGCAACGUGACCCCAUUCACAAGAACAUUAUUAAGAUGUGUUAUAGAUUCCACUUUGCUGGGUAUUGUGUAAGUCCGCGUGACCGAAUCAAGCUUUAUAUAGAGUGCAAUAUAAAUAUCUAUAGAUUUAUCUAAUUGUACAUUCCAUAUGUAUACAUAUUUGUAUUUUUGUUAACUCAAGAGUUUUUAUAUGUUUUAUACAACACUCCUAACUCAGAUAUUAUAUGAAUUAUUUCUGUAGCUUACUAACAUACUGUAGAUCAAUCCACAAAAACUUUUUUAAAACGUUUGUUUUGUGUAACAGUGAUCAUUGGUAAUGAUGUAUACGUUUAAUUGUGUUUCUUGUAAACGUAUCUACGCUAUCAAAUCUACGUUCAUAGAAAUUACAGAUAUUAUUUAAGAUGAAUUUAAAUGGUAACUUUCCUUACUCUCUUUCUGAGAAGGAAAUCUUCCAAAAUUAUGUCAAGUUUGUUUUACAUUUUUAAUAUUCCUUAAACAUGUUAAAACAAAAUAAAUUUGAAUUAUCAUACCUUAACUGGAUUCAGAAACUUCAUAAAAAUUCUUACAUAGAAAGAUGCAAAGUGGUUUUCAAUACAUGUUUACCAAGCUUCUU